UUUUGCUUGUUUGUGGUUGUAAUAAAGUUUUGUUUUUAGUGUUUUUUUAAUUAAUAUUAGAUUAGUUUAUCAAAUACAGUUCGGUCUACUAAAUUCUAAAACUAAUUAGGAGUUAUGAAUCAGUAAUGAUCAGUAUCUGAUUUAAUCAUGGCGGAGGACACUUGUAUCAGCAGAUUCUUUGAAAAAUCUAAUGUAGCAUCUACGAGCCCAAAAAUAAUUCUUAACCCGUUAAAAGGAACCCUCGACUCUUCCCAAGAUUUGAGUCACAGUUCAUUUGGUUCCGAUGUAGACAUGUUAAGUUUAUCGAACCUGUGUAUCGAAGAAUACGAACCAUUGCCCAUUCAACCGUUCUAUAACAUAUCUCCUAGGAAAAUGCCAUUAUCGCCCCAUUAUGUCAUAGAAGAGGAAUUUGCCACAAACCCAUGGGCGAUGUUGACAGCUACAAUUUUCCUAAACAAAACAGCCGGCAGGACUGCCAGACCCUACAUGAAAUCCUUUUUCGAAGAAUAUCCAACGCCCUAUCAUGUACUACAAGAGGAUCCUACCUCAUUAGAGCGAUAUUUUGAUAACUUAGGCCUAAGAAAACGAGGCCACAUGAUUUGGAAGAUGAGCUACCAGUUCGUGUCAUCAAAAUGGCGACGAGCAAGUGAUUUAUUUGGCAUAGGAAAAUAUGGAGAAGACGCCUAUAGAAUAUUCUGUUUAAGUCAUACAGAUUUAGAUCCCGAGGAUAGAUACCUGAGAUUGUAUUUGGAUUGGUUGAGGAAUCAUACGGAAUUUCUUGAAGACCAUGGAGUUACGGAUAGUGAGUGCAUGAUUGAGGAUCCAGUAGCGAAAUAUUAUAGUAUCACAUUGAGAAAUUAAUCAGAAAUACAGUGCACGCGUGAUCAAGUGUUAAAAUGCAAUAAAAUAGUAUCUAGUUUAGUUGUGGACGUAAGUCCUUUAAAAUCACGUUGUUAAUCUAUCUGUGAUAUUGUAUUUUAUAGACAUAAAAAUAAAAUUAAAUCUGUCAAAAGAUCAAGAAAUCAUGUUAUCCAAAAGUUCAUGAAUAACUACAGCUAAGUCUUAAUAAGUUAAAUCAAUGUUUUUAUGUUGAGCGUUUUACCUAUUUAAAAGUAUGUACGAGUAUGUCAAAGUCGUUUACCUCUCAAAUUGUUCAUGUCAAAGGUUCGAAGGUCAUUUUAUUAUAAUAAUUGCCGUUGUUUUAAAGUAAAGAAAAAAUACAAUACAUGAUAUGAAGGCCCAUAGAUUCUAGAAAUGAAGAAGUAGGUUACCUACGUGAUAAGUCUUUAAAAAAGUCAAAUCUAUUUCCAAUAAAAUGUAAAUAUUGUAUGUUCCUAUUUAAUUGUUUUUUUUUUUACUACAAUCAUUUAUUUAUUUCUAAACUGCUUAUUUUUAAUGCUCACUGAAUCAGAUUUCUGUAAAUAAUGAACCUGACACAUCAUCAAAUUUUUUAAUUUGCUACUCAAAAUUAUAACUUCAAAUUAAAUAAAAUGUAUCAAAUUAAGUAUAUAUUUAAACUUUGAUAAGCACCACUCAUUACUUGAAUUUAUUUUUUAUUUAAUUAUAUAACACAUAACAGAAUACAACUUAGUAAGUACAUAAUAUACUAAGAUAAAAAGAAAAAUAGUGAGUGCCAGCAGCUUCUCUGCCAUCACAGAUUGUGUGUGUGUUGACAAGUUUUUGAUUAUAAGCUCACUCAGUUAUGUCGACUUAUACAGCUGACCCGUGGAUUUUCAGGCGUCCAGUCUAUUCUAUAUACCGCAUUGGGCAGCAAGGAAUCAAUUGUCUAGGUGAACUAACCCAGGUGAAUUAAUUGUACUAUGUGAGAAUAAAGACGUACGUAUUAUAAA